GGGUUUGCUGGGUGUCAGAGCCUGGCAGCAGGGCUGUGGGCUGGUGUUGUGACAGCGGAGAUGGGAUGGAUGGACGGACGGACGGACGGACAGGAGGCUGCGUACCGAGGGGAGAGGGCGAAAGGCGCCUCCUUCCAAGGCAGCAGCUGGCGGGAAGGAGCCCGGGCUGCUCAGUGUCACCACACACGUGGCCCGUGGGGAAGCGUGAGGCCAGCUUCGGCCCUUGUCAGCGGCACCUCGUUGACUUUUAGCGCUUCCUUAUCGUGUCUGCGCUCACCUCGCGCGGCGCCGAUAAAAUGCCACGGCCGCGGCGAUCUGCUGAGCGGCCCCGCAGAAAACCCUGCAGAGCAUGGGAGCCCGAGCUGCCAGCCACCAGCCCGGGGCUCCAGGGCAGAGCAAGGUGAGCAGCUUGCACUGAUACACAUGGAAGAGUCUUCUUGAUGGGUUUGAGCUGAGGGCCCCUGAAUAUAAGACCCUGAGCGUCUACUGAGCAGGUCUUAGGAGUGGAAGUUUCCAAAGUGAGUCCUGCUGGCUGCUCAUGUCAAGUGAUUGAGAUGUUGCAGGAGGCGAGAGAAGGGUGCAGCUAGCAGGAUGCAUGGUCUGAUAAUACUGAGAUCUGCUUCUGUGGGGAGGAUUAAGCCCAUCACUUGUGGGGACAGCAGUGCCCAGUGCUAUUGGUGCAGAUCGUCCAAGAAGUUGUUAUUGAAGACAGAGUCUUGGGGCAAAGAAGAAAUCAAAGUCCCAUCAAGCUGAAGCCGACAGAGACACAAAGGGGAAAGAAUUAAAACAAAAAGCAGGAAGAAAAUAAUUAGGCAAAGAGCAAACCCAUGGGAUUUCAUACCUUCUUGUACAGUGAUCCUACAGUAAAAUGUGAAACUUCAGAUAUUCCUGCGGGUACAGGCUAUGUGACUCUGUCCCAGAUGGGAAAUCUGCAUGGUCAUCUUCCCAGUGCCCAGUCCUGUGGAAAUCCUGUAUUUCAUCGUGCAUUGAGACUGGCUUUUCUGACACAGGAUGGAGCUGAGAGUGUGCUUAAGCUUGGUUUUGUCCCAGCCAGAGGGGGGAAAGCUUUCUUCAUUAGGAGCCUGUUUGCGGACUUACCCACUGCACCAAGAAGUACAGAAGAUCAACAUAAUCAUGGAAUUAUGUAUGCAGCUUAUGAAAAAAAACAAAAACAAACCCAAAAUGGAAAAAAGAUAGAAAUUUUCAGCACAAGACCGUAAGAAAUGGGUGACUGGAGUUUCUUGGGGAACAUUUUAGAGCAGGUGAACGAGCAAUCCACUGUCAUCGGGAGAGUUUGGCUCACAGUGCUCUUCAUUUUCCGCAUCCUGAUCCUGGGCACAGCCGCCGAGCUCGUGUGGGGAGACGAGCAGUCAGACUUUGUGUGCAACACCCAGCAACCUGGUUGUGAGAACGUCUGCUACGAUGAGGCCUUCCCCAUCUCCCACAUCCGGCUCUGGGUCCUGCAGAUCAUUUUUGUAUCCACCCCUUCACUAAUGUACUUCGGGCAUGCUGUGCACCACGUCCGCAUGGAGGAGAAGAGGAAAGAGAGGGAGGAAGCGGAGAGGCGCCAGCAGGCCGAGGUGGAUGAAGAGAAGCUGCCCCUGGCUCCAAACCAAAACAAAGGCAACAACCCUGAUGGAACCAAGAAGUUUCGCCUGGAAGGUACUCUCCUGAGAACGUACAUCUUCCACAUCAUUUUCAAAACCCUCUUUGAGGUGGGAUUCAUAGUAGGUCAGUACUUCCUGUAUGGCUUCCGAAUUCUCCCCCUUUACCGCUGUGGGCGGUGGCCCUGUCCCAAUCUUGUGGACUGUUUUGUCUCCAGGCCCACGGAGAAGACCAUCUUCAUUAUGUUCAUGCUGGUGGUGGCUUCCGUGUCCCUCUUCCUCAACCUGGUGGAGAUCAGUCACUUGAUCUUGAAAAGAAUCCGGAGGGCUCUGAGGAGACCAGCAGAGGAGCAGAUUGGAGAGGUCCCGGAGAAGCCCCUCCACGCCAUCGCAGUCCCCUCCAUCCCAAAGGCCAAAGGCUAUAAGCUGCUGGAAGAAGAGAAGCCGGUGUCCCACUAUUUCCCUCUCACGGAAGUAGGUGUAGAGCCCAGCCCCCUUCCAUCAGCCUACAAUGAGUUUGGGGAGAAGAUUGGGAUGGGGCCCUUGGAAGAUCUGUCCAGGGCGUUCGACGAGAGGUUGCCAUCGUAUGCGCAAGCGAAGGAACCAGAAGAGAAGGUGCGAGCAGAGGAGGAGGAGGAACAAGAGGAGGAACAGCCUCAGGAAGAGCCAGGGGUGAAGAAAGCAGAAGAUGAGAUGGUGAGAGAUGAAGUGGAAGGGCCUUCAGCACCUGCUGAACUUGCCACGGAUAUGAGACCCCUGAGCAGGCUAAGUAAAGCCAGCAGCCGGGCCAGGUCAGAUGAUUUGACUGUAUGAAGGUGCAGAAUGUGGGGAGCUCACGAAAAGGAAAAGGUUGAAGAGAAAAGGAGAGAUAGAGAAAGAAUCAAAUGAUAUUUUUAAGCAAAGUGCUAAAACAGCCACUUGAAUAUUAUUUCCUUUUAUGAUUCUAAACUGGAAAGGUAGUACCAUGGUAACUGUGCCUUAUUUGCCCCAUACGUCCCUGUAUUUCCCUGUUUCCACAUGCCAGCUCACUCCUUACAGCAGUACCUACACUGUACACAUAACUGAUGUGUUUUAAACCCUAACAUGGCAGUGAUACCCAAAUGUCGCCACUGUGAUUUACUGAAAGCCUUGUGUUCCACAUUUCUCUAGGAAUGUGGGGAGGAUCUCUCUUUCAGCCAGUGAGGGGAAAGACUGAUCAACAACUGUAUCUAGUCUUUCUCUUUCUGUUUCCUCCUAUGGCUCACUGAGCAGAUCUCCCCUUUGCUGUUGGCAUGGAAUUGCAGUUAUUUAAUUCACGAAGUGAAUUCUAUGCUUAGCAUCAACACACUAAAAUACUAAGCCCGACUUCCCUUCUUCAUUCAGAAAAUAAAGGGAAAAAUGUUCCAGAUUUCUCUGUGAAUGCAUAUCUGAAUUAGGUAAAAAUAUUUUCCCCGGUCAAAAAUUUUUCUGCUCUUCAAGUGACAUUGAUAUUGGGCAAAGUUAACAGUAGUUCUCUACUAGGACUUAGCAGAUGCCCAGAGAUGGAUUAUUUGUUCCCAAGAGGGUCAUCCAGCCCUGAGACUAGUUCAGAAUACUGGAAAGAAUAAAUUCAAGUGAUAUUUUUUACUUGUAGCCUUGUGACUUAAAGAUCUGAAACUAGAUUUAGCCAAGCAAGAGGGAAAAAAUCUUCUGAGAAAGGAAGGGACAGCUACAGCCCCCAGAGCAUGAAAUCAAAUACAAGCCUUCAUGGUACGAUCCUGACAAGUGUUCAGUUCCUGGAGCUUCCAGGCUCCCAGGCACUCAGCAAAUCUCAGGUACGGAGUCCUGAAGGCACCCGUGAACCUAAACCAGGGGUCUAGGUAACGAUGUGACUUUUUAAA